AAAGCAUCAGUAUAAUAACUUUAUUUUUUAUACUUAAAACAUAACCUAUUGUAUUCAAUGGAUGGUUACAAUCGAAUACAGUAUAUAGUAUGCAGUUCUAUGUUUCUGUUCCAAGAGUAAAACUUAUAACUCGUUAUGUCUUCAGACGAAAGUUUCUUGUGGACUAGUGCUUCAAAUAGUAGUGAUAGUGAUGAUGGCAGUAUAUCUCGGAAGUUCUCUGAAAUGAAUAAAAGCCUCGUUAAGAAUGAAGUAGAAGAGAAAUAUAAAAUUUUUAAGAAUAAAGCUGUUAAUGGCAAUAUUAUAAAAGAUGAACUUACAAGUGACAUAGACAUGAAAAUUGUUAAAAAUGAAUGCAGUAAAGGUAGUAUUGGUGACAAAGUACUAUUUAAUGACAGCUACCUAAACUUAAGAGUAAAAGAAGAACAAACAUCAUGUUUUGAUGACUCUGAUAUACCAGUAAAGAAAAAGAAAAAUAAAAAGAGAAAACACUCCCAUGUAGAUCUAAACAAUGAUGACAGAUUUCUAGAUGUAUCUAAUAAUGAGGACAAAAUUAUAAUUGAAGAGACACUUAAUACUAAUAGAGAUGAUCCAAUUUCAGCAACAGAAGAUAGUAGUUAUGUUAAACAUAAAAAAAAGAAAAAGAAGCGUAGAUCUUCUGGUGUGGAGUGUAACAAUAGUAAUAUAUCUGAAAUUAGUUGUAAUAAUUUUAGUAACUUGAAAUGCAUAGAUAAAAAUAAUUCUGUCAGUGAGGAUAAUUUUGAAAGUAAUGGAGGAAAUGUUGAUGAACUAGAAUCCAGUGUAAGGAAUAUAUCAAAGGUUUCUGACCGAAUACAGUUUGAAGAGGAUUUAGAUUUUAACAAAAGUAAUGAGUUUAAUAAAAGUGUGGUAGUGGCAAAUCUUAAUCAAAAGCAAAUAAGACGAUAUUUGAAGAAACAUAAUAAUCUACAGCCAAUUUCUCCGAAAACUAAGCUGGAGUCUAUUAUUACAGAUACAGAUGAUGUUUGGCUGGUAAGAUGUCCUCAAGAUGUUGACAUUAUGCAUCUUAAAGAUAUACCCUUAAGCUUAAGUAACAAAGCAAAGUUAAAAGUGGGUGGAAAGGUUUAUGAGUAUAUGGUAGACAACAAUAACCUUAGGUUGCCCAUAUUGACAUUUCAUAACCAAAACGAACCUGUCAUUAAAAAUUUAACAACAAAUGGAUGUAUUCAUUUAAGGAAUAAAGUACCAAAAGUACAUAUACCUGACAGUGAAAUGAUGGUGAAUGAUCAAACAAAUUUUAUUCCAUUACCAGAUACCAAGUGUCGUCAUCCACUUUUUGGAAUACACUAUAAAAAAAUGAUUAAAGUCCCAGUGGAGAUUUCCAAACGCCUACAUACAGGUCAAGAACUCAAUUCCCUUGCUCUUCAAGAUAAUAAAGAUAAGAAAAAAAAGCAAAAAACAUAUAAGAAGUCCAUAGAGAAUACUGGUGACUUUCAGGAACCAAUAAAACUGGAACAAGAGACUUCUAAGAAAAAAAAGAAACGCAAACUCAGUUCUGGUACUAACAGUCCCAUUAAAAGUAAGAGAGUGAAGUAUGAUCCAGAUUCUACUCAAACUUGGGAUUCAGAGAAAGCCAUUGAAGAAAAUCUUUUUAACUUUUGAUCAAUAAGAUAAUACUUUUUGUAUAUGUGUAGUUGUAAUUUGCAAAGUAUUUUAUUGUUUUUAUUACCUUUAUUUUCCCCGGUUUUUAUUAAUGAUGUUAGUCUAGUUGGUAAAAAGCUAUGUGGUAUCUUUUAUUAUUCUUAUAUAAUAUGAUAUUAAUAACAACAUUUAAUAAAAAGAUGGUUAUCUCUGA